AUGAGCCAGUAAGGUAUAUAUACGCGGGAGAAGCCAACGAGAGGCAUCAUAGCUUCUCCAGCUCUACUACCAUCAUGAACACUAAGAUCCUCCUCCUGCUAGGUUUGGUGGCCGUGGCUGCUGCUGACAGGCGCCCAUCAUACUCCUACUCAGCUCCUCAGGAAUCCGAGGAAUCAGAGGAAUCAGAUGAAUAUUCAGCAGAAUCUACUGAGGCCAAAUACGACUUCGACUGGUCAGUGAAGGACGAGGACUCCGGCAACGACUUCGGUCACCAGGAGUCUCGUGAUGGUGACAACACCAAGGGGUCGUACUACGUGCAGCUUCCCGACGGUCGUCUCCAGACUGUGACUUACUACGUGGACGGUGACUCAGGCUACGUCGCCGAGGUCAAGUACGAGGGUGAGGCUCAAUACCCCGAGUCUGAUGAGUCUGAUGAGUCUGAUGAGUCUGAUGAGUCUUACGAAUACACAGCACCCAGGCCCCGGUACUCCGCCCCUGAGCCUGAAGAGUCUGUAGAGGCUCCCGUGUAUGCCCCACCAAGGAGAUUCUACUAUGCCCCUGACUCUAACGAAUCAAAGUAAACAACAACAACACGAAGACAUGACAGAUGUGAGUGGAGGAUCUUCACCUACAACCACUGCCAGUAUGUUGUAUCAACUCUACCUGCAGUAUUCGUACUAAAUUAUUGAAUGUGAAAUAUUACUAUUUAUUUAUUAUGAAGAAAUAUACUGAAUGAAUCUUAAAA